UGUAUGCCAAUUAAAGGCCUAGGAUUCGUUCUUGGAGCCUAUGAGUGCAUUUGCAAAGCAGGAUUCUAUCACCCUGGAGUCUUACCAGUGAACAACUUUCAGAGAAGGCGUCCGGAUCAACAUACUUUAGGAAGUACCAAAGAUGUGUCAGAAGAAGCCUAUGUCUGCCUACCUUGCAGGGAGGGCUGCCCCUUCUGUGCUGAUGACAGCCCAUGCUUCGUCCAGGAGGAUAAGUAUUUGAGACUUGCCAUCAUCUCCUUCCAAGCCCUGUGUAUGCUGCUCGACUUCAUCAGCAUGCUGGUGGUCUACCACUUUCGCAAAGCAAAGAGCAUCAGGGCAUCAGGCCUUAUCCUAUUGGAAACCAUCCUUUUUGGGUCUCUGCUCCUAUACUUUCCAGUUGUUAUUUUGUACUUUGAGCCAAGCACAUUUCGCUGUAUUCUCCUCAGAUGGGUCCGUCUUCUCGGUUUUGCUACUGUUUAUGGAACUGUGACUCUCAAACUUCACAGGGUUUUGAAGGUAUUUCUUUCACGAACGGCUCAACGAAUUCCAUAUAUGACUGGAGGACGGGUCAUGAGAAUGCUGGCAGUAAUACUCUUGGUAGUGUUUUGGUUUCUCAUUGGCUGGACUUCAUCUGUGUGCCAGAAUUUGGAGAAACAGAUUUCACUUAUUGGCCAGGGGCAAACAUCCGAUCACCUCAUCUUCAAUAUGUGCCUCAUUGACCGCUGGGAUUACAUGACAGCAGUAGCUGAGUUUUUAUUCCUCUUGUGGGGUGUUUAUCUCUGCUAUGCAGUGCGGACAGUCCCAUCGGCAUUCCAUGAGCCCCGCUAUAUGGCUGUUGCAGUUCACAAUGAGCUCAUCAUCUCUGCUAUAUUCCAUACAAUUAGAUUUGUUCUUGCCUCAAGACUUCAAUCUGAUUGGAUGUUGAUGCUCUAUUUUGCACAUACUCAUUUGACUGUGACAGUCACCAUUGGGUUGCUUUUGAUUCCAAAGUUUUCACAUUCAAGCAAUAACCCACGAGAUGAUAUCGCUACAGAAGCAUAUGAGGAUGAGUUAGACAUGGGCCGAUCUGGAUCCUAUCUAAACAGCAGUAUCAAUUCAGCUUGGAGUGAGCACAGCUUGGAUCCAGAGGACAUUCGGGAUGAACUGAAAAAACUCUAUGCCCAACUGGAGAUAUAUAAAAGAAAGAAGAUGAUCACAAACAACCCCCACCUCCAGAAAAAGCGGUGCUCGAAGAAGGGUCUCGGUCGUUCCAUCAUGAGACGCAUUACUGAGAUCCCAGAGACGGUCAGCAGGCAGUGCUCUAAAGAGGACAAGGAGGGCACCGACCAUGGCACAGCCAAAGGCACUGCCCUCAUCAAGAAGAACCCCCCAGAGUCUUCAGGGAACACAGGGAAAUCCAAGGAGGAGACCCUGAAAAACCGAGUCUUCUCACUCAAGAAAUCCCACAGCACUUAUGAUCACGUGAGAGACCAAUCGGAAGAGUCCAGUAGCCUACCCACAGAAAGCCAAGAAGAGGAGGCAACAGAAAAUUCCACGCUGGAAUCCCUGUCGGGGAAAAAACUAACACAAAAACUAAAAGAAGACAGUGAGGCUGAGUCCACAGAGUCGGUGCCGUUGGUGUGCAAGUCAGCAAGCGCACACAACCUCAGCUCAGAGAAGAAGCCUGGGCACCCACGCACAUCGAUGCUACAGAAGUCUCUCAGUGUCAUAGCAAGCGCCAAGGAGAAGACUCUUGGAUUAGCUGGGAAAACCCAAACAGCAGGUGUGGAAGAACGCGCUAAAUCCCAGAAACCUCUGCCAAAAGAUAAAGACACCAACAGAAAUCACUCAAAUUCUGAUAACACAGAGACUAAAGAUUCUGCCCCCCAAAACUCAAAUCAUGUGGAGGAGCCAAGAAAGCCUCAGAAAUCUGGGAUUAUGAAACAACAAAGGGUCAACCCCACCACUGCCAAUUCUGACCUGAACCCAGGCACCACCCAGAUGAAGGACAACUUUGACAUUGGGGAGGUGUGCCCUUGGGAGAUUUAUGACCUGACCCCUGGUCCUGUGCCUUCAGAAUCAAAAGUUCAAAAACACGUAUCUAUUGUGGCUUCUGAAAUGGAGAAAAACCCAACAUUUUCCUUAAAGGAGAAAUCUCACCACAAGCCUAAGGCAGCUGAAGUUUGUCAGCAAUCCAAUCAGAAGCGCAUAGAUAAGGCGGAAGUAUCCCUUUGGGAGAGCCAAGGCCAGUCUAUUUUGGAAGAUGAGAAGCAUUUGAUUUCCAAGACGCCAGUUCUCCCAGAGAGGUCAAAAGAGAACGGAGGUCAGCCUCAUGCAGCCAGUGUGUGCGCUGGGCAGAAAGAAGAACUGCCCCCCAAAGCUGUAGCAUCAAAAACAGAAAAUGAAAAUCUAAACCAAAUAGGACACCAGGAAAAAAAGACAUCUUCUUCUGAGGAAAAUGUCCGUGGCCCCUAUAACUCAAGUAAUAACUUCCAGCAACCUUUAAUAUCACGAGCAGAGGUGUGUCCUUGGGAGUUUGAGACCCCAGCUCAACCAAAUGCUGGAAGAAGUGUAGCUUUACCUGCCUCUUCUGCUCUAAGUGCAAAUAAGAUAGCAGGGCCUCGGAAAGAAGAGGUCUGGGAUACUUUUAAAGUGUAGCAUCCCCAGGAAGAGGAGGAAAAGGAAGGAACCCCGGGUUGGAUGUGAGACAGAAGAUGUAAGAAUUUAAAAAAUCCCCAAGGAGUAUUUGUCAAUCAAGGAAAACAUGACAGAUUGUGAGGUGAAGUCAAAGGCAUGGGCAGAACAGGACUUGGGGGCAAGAGCAACAUUAUAAUGGAGAAGUCAGACUUUGGCCAAGAAAGUCCUUCCCCUGGAAACACCGGGAAAAUCUUUCCAUUUCAGGAUGUUUAAGGAAAACAGCCCACAAUGUCUGCCCUCAUCAGUAUGUAGCCAUGGUACUUUGAAGACCCUAAGCCAGGCAAAGCAGGAGGCACGGAACAUGUACCGGAUUUGCAAAGAAGGAAAAGGCAUAGACAUAUAUAACUGAAAUUCUAAGUAGCUGACCAAGAAGAACUUAUUUACCUAUUUAACCUUGAUAGCACUGCUAACUUAAUGCAUCCCAAAAAUCCCUUUUAUAUUAAUGAUUGCUCUCAUUUUCUUAUAAAUGUAUGUUUCAGUACAUUGUUGUGUCUCAUAUUCAAGCAUUCCAGAUUGUAUAAUUUUUGCAAAUAACUUUGGUAUUAUGUGACACAACACAUUUAUGCAAUCUGCAGCUACUCAAUUGUUAUUGCACCUUACAGAAUACCUGCUAUCUAUCAACUUUAGUUGAUUCUUGAAGUACAGUAAGCUUUCUCUGGCUUGGGAAGCCGUAACUGUUAGGAUACAAACUUUUAGUUUUGGCUGUGGUUUAUAAAUUGUGACUUUGGAUUUGACUCUAUUAUUUCACAUCAUAGUUUGUUACACUGUCUUAAUCAGGGUUUUUUAAUACAAGUUGAGUUAAUUGUUUUGCACUUCUUGUUAGGACUCAGAGCUUUAUUAAUAUUGGAGAUUAAGUGGUCCUACUUAGUCAUAUGUCUCAAUAAGUUAAGGACAACUUAUUCAUUGUUUAUUCAAAGUCAGAGAUAGAUAACACCUUCAUUCCAAUUAAUCGUCCCUUUUAACUCUUUCAGUAUUUCAUACUUAGCAGCAUUUCCUAAGGAAGAAGCUAAGAAUGAGAAAAAUAUACUGUGCAUUAUUACCACCACUGGAAAGGGAAGACUCUAGGGAUGACAUGAGAAUUAGAGCAGUGCUACAGACCCAGGAAGUUUGCCUUUCAAAAAAAAAAAAGGAAAGGUAGCUUCUGAUAGCACUUUCAAGGGAUUAUUUUUUUAAAGAGAAAGAUUAUGGUAGCAUCAAGAUCAUUGUAUGGAUAUAUUUUUAUUAUGCAUACUAAAAAUACAGUAUUUUAAAAUAUCUUAAACUAUUUAUUCUCAUAAACUCUUAUUCAUUGCUUCAGCUAGAGGUAGAAUUUGCUGGGCUCAAAUCCCAAAGAGGUUUUAUAACCUUACUUAUUCAAAGCCUAUAAGGUGGUAUGGAAUCUUCAUUCUCCCAAGCACUGGAAAAUGUCUAAGUCCUGCAAAUUGCCAUUAUGAGCCACGUGCUCCAAAUACAACAUGUAAGGUCUAUUUGCAAGGCAAAACAGCCCCCAAAGCAUAUUUUGUAAAACUUACUGCAUUCCACACUGAUCUCUUGGCAUGGGAAUCCUAAGCUGCCAACUUAGCUCUACUGCUGUGAUCGUGCAAUGAGAUUCCAAAGUUGAGUUUCAUUUAAACAAAAAUCACUUAGAAAUAGAACUGAGACUUCCCUUUUUCUCCCUGUGAACUCUGAAGUGUCAACUGCUUAUUUGGCCAGGACACUCCCAACACAAGUAACUAUUUUUUAUGUCACAAGCAGCAAGGAAGACAUGCUAGGGUGACAAAAGAUGGGGAAACAGAAUCAGAGGGUGGAUAUAGGGCUGUGCUUAGAGAAUAUUGUUUUCAGUGGAAGGUAAAAACCGAAUUCUCCAUAUCCAUCAUCAAAUUUUUCUCAGUGAUUUUUUUAUUCAGGAGUAAGUAACAAGCACUCCAGUGUUUUGCAAAGCUGUGCACAAAUCUUCCUCACCCAUUUGCUGGCUUUAAUGCAUUACUCAGGUUGGUGGGGUCGGUUUGAGAAGAUAUAGAAAUUCUAUUUUUGUGUCUUUCCACCAUUUCUUUUAUCCCUUCCUUUUCAGUGAAGGCCUAUAUGCUUGGUGACCUCCUUAAAGGAAUCUUUGUGAAUUGGGUUGGAAGUUCGUAGACCCACAUACUCAUUUAUGUCUAAAAUCUGUUUGCACUUGAUUCGUUUUUUUUGCAAAAUAGGCGGUCAAGCAUCAGUGACUUUCCACUACACUUCAGGAUUGAUCCUGCUAGAGAUGUCUUAAGAAGACUUGCCAAAUUAUACCUUAGCGACAUUCUAUAGUUCAUAGAUUAUUCUCCACCAGCAUAAAUCAGUGAGAGUGCCUAGAGUCUUUCUGAGAGUUUCAUUACCGCUAUCAACAAGAGAAGUAGAAAUUUACAAGUCAGGAGGUUAUUUUUCCAGAUUGAUAACCAUAGAAAGGGAGUAGACACUUUUAAGGUCGCAAACAUUUGCUAGGUUGUCCUUCUCAAUGCAUGUGCAGGCUGCAUCCUGUCCUUGUUUUUAAGCCAGGGUUUAUAAAUAAGUAGAUUUAUACCAAUCUUAAUAGAACUGUAUAUUUUAUGCAAGAAUUAACUGCUUUAUGACAUGAAGUAUAACUCAACCCAUUGUAAACUUUGGUGGCAAUAUGGAUUUGAAACUCGACAGUUCUCUUGUAUUUGCUUCCUAGGUUUCUGCAUGCAAGUUAUGACAGGUAGGACUGAGAAAACACUGCCUUUUGACUUCUAGCAUUUAGCAACCGAGAGUCAUAGAGUCAAUAAAGCUGUAAGUCUCUUCACUUAAUCUGUGGUUCUCCUAAAACUAUUAUCUGAAACCUACAGCAUCCCACCAUGAAAUAUUUGGUAAAUUUACGUUGUGACGUGUUGCAGCAUGUAAAUAAUUAUAACUUCUCUGCAAUAAAACAUUUAUAUGAAA